GCGAUGAUAAGAGGAAACAAACCGUAACCGGUCUGGUCUUGGAAAAAAAAAGGAAGACGAAAUGCCACCGCUGCUGCUGCUGCCGAGUGCGUGUUGCGCCGCCGUGGCUGCAGCCGCGCCUUCGUCGGCGUCGGCCGCCUUCUCGCGCGCCCCGCCCUCCCGGCUCCGCCCGUCGCACCUCCCCUUCGCCUUCCGUCGCCUGAGGAAAUACGGCCGCCGGGACCGCGAGCCAGUAGCCAGUACCAGCUCCGACGAGGAAGAGUCGGAUGAUGAUGGUGUGGAGGAGGCGGUUGAUGAGGAUAUCUUUCUGAAGAAUCGGCCCAAACCAGCCGGUUUCGGCGUGGGGAAGACCUACACCACCGACAUUGAGGAGCGGCUUCUCCGGGAGAUGGGCCUGGGCGGCUCGGGGCGCAAGAGCGAACCGGCCCCGGCGAAGCACCUCAUCAGGGCCGCUGACUCGGCCAAAGAAACCGGCGGAGACAGUACUGAUGGCAUUCAUGUUCGUAUUUGGAACCUCCCAAAAAAGAAGAACAUACAUAAGGACCUGAACUUAGCUUUCAAACGGUUUCCUGGACUGAUAACUAUAAACCCAGCAAAUUCUGCAAAUAAGAAGACUCGUGAUCCUGUUUGUAAGGGUUUUGCAUUUCUCAAAAUGGAGUCUCUGGAGGCUGCGACCAGGUUUGUUGAACUAUACUCCAGUAAAUCCGUGUUGUUUGGCAAGGUUGAGAAGUCAAUCAAGUGUUGCAUCGUUGACGGGCAUAGCUCUACCGAUACAUCAAAUAAACCAUCAAGUACUAAGGCAGCAGGGUCAACCCUGCAGCGUUUGGCCGCUGUAAGAUGAAUGGCAAAUGAUGUGUCAUCCCGUAGGCACUUGGUACUUCUAGAGAUCGAGAAUACCCGGAAGAAGGUUUCCUACAUAUAUAGAUUAUCGACAGUCUCAUGUUUGGCUCAGGCUCGCUAGGAAACGACUAAUUUGCUCGUCACUGUUUCUGUAGAUUUUAGCAUUGGCAUUAGCAGGAAGGCAUAAACCCUUUCUCCGAAGGGCUUAUUUAGAUAGACAGGGAUUGACUCAGUUUCGUCAGAUAUUCUGUCGUUUAGUUAAAUUCCCAUACCCAUCUGAACUGAAGGGAUUGUGUUAGGUUCGAUUCUCUCGGGUUUCUCGGAGCAAAGGAGUUGCUUAAAAGAAGAUACAGCAACGAGAUACCUGGUGGGAUGAUGAUGUUUGCAGGCUGCAGCUAAGCAGCAAACAAAAAAUGUUGAGUUGUAUCAAUGUAUGUAUGUUACUGAAAGCUAUCCAAUUAGAGCAUGCCAUUUGCACAUUUUCAUA